UCGCGAGCCUCGCGGCGACGUUACACGCGUCGCGAUAGUGCCGGGUAGUCGAACAGUUCGCGCCGCCCUUUCGUCGUCCGCGUCGGGGGUGGGCGACAGCCAGGUCCUCCUCUCCUCCUGGGGUGUCUCGUCUCCACGUCUCUCGCGUCCGAUAAUCGCGACGCCGACGUCGCCGUCCGUCAUGCGACCGUCAGCGGGCGAGAUGCGCGCGGACGCGUCGUCGUCGCCACCAGUUCCGCGAGGCCUGGAGCGUCCCCACGGACUCACUUCCGGUACGAGCGCGGACCGGAACACGUAGAUCGCGCUAUUCGAACGCCCGGCGUCGAGAUGUAAUGCAGUGUUGUCGAGGUAGAGGUUCGAUCAGCGCGCUGAUGGAAGUCGCAGGGACUGUUUGGAGGUCCUAAAAUAUCCAAAGGAUCCUCGGGGUCUUGAAAUAUCAAAAGAUUGUGGACUGAGAUCGAGUAUAAUAAUUUGUUUGAAUCGCUUAGGGAACCGAGAACUGAAAACAGUAAACAAUAGCAACGAAGAUUUAAAUAUAAUCCGAGGGUGUUUCUGCCGGCAAGGACCUGUUGUGCGACGAACGAAAUGCAAUCAUAUUCAUGUACACCGUGAUAUCGAAUCCUCCUGAAAUUUAAUCGUGAAUGGAAUAAAUUAAAUCGUGAGGAGGGUCAAAUGUGUUAGGAUAAAGGAAGAUCCAUCGCGUCGUAAAUUUGUGCAGUGUGUAGUUCGAAGAUUAAAUCGAAAAAAAGAAAAGUUUGCGUGUUGAUUUAACUCGACUUUCGGCUAUAUCGUCUCAGUCAUUGGAACAAAGUGAAAUUGCGUUUGUGUGUGCGUUUAGUGCGGUUAUUGUAAAAAGAAAAAUGUGCCGAGUUUUCACAGUGCGUAAAGUCCCUUUUGAUUUCAUCGAGUGGAAUCCUCGUCCUUGAACGGCAUUUGAACGAGCAACAUUCGAACAGUGACGUGAAUUGAUUACAAAUUAAACUAAUUGUCAGAAAAGAAAAGUAAUCACGUAAUUGGUUGCACAAAACAAUCGAUGAGAAGCGGAGAAUGCAUUACAGGAAUUAUGAUUUGCGGAUGGCGCGUUCGAAACAUAUAAUGAUAAUGAUUAAAAAAUUAAUAAUUCACAUCAUCAGUGAUUAGUAAUUAAUUAUUUUUAACAAACAAGCACAUUAAAUAAAAAUGCCAGAAGACAUUCUGGGUUGAUUCAGUGCUACCGCUAUCGUUUGACAAUCCAGAAAAAUCCCCGCAAGAGACGAAAGGCCUAAUCAAAGUCAUGAUUCAUACAAAUGGUAGGUUCACCGGGACGGCGGAAACUCGACGGCGUCGCGAUUAAUCGCGCAGGCGUAAAUGAGAGACGACCGUUGCGGGACGCGGAGGUGAUCCAUAGAUCGUGUCGGGCGUGAUCGGUUGCGGUUAGCGAGCGAGGCGAGAGGAGGAGGGUGGCAAGAUGGAACUCUUCCCGGUCCUCGUUUGCCUGAUCGCCCUGCCGCCCGCCCUCUCGCUCUCCUUCAAGAGCAAGCUCAACCCGCGGAUCGUCCAGACGCGCUACGGCGAGGUGCAGGGGAUCACGAGGUCCUUCGAGUACAAGUCCCUCAAGCCCAUCGACGUCUACCUCGGGAUACCGUACGCCACCCCGCCGGUCGGCAGUAACCGUUUCUCCCCGACGAGGGCGCCGAGUCCUUGGGAAGGAGUCAGAUUAUCGGAGUCGGUGGGUCCGGUCUGCCCGCAAAAGCUACCGGACAUUACAAACGAGCAGGAAGCGCUCGAGCGGAUGCCUAAGGGAAGACUAGAGUAUCUGAAGAGACUGCUGCCUCAUCUGCGCAACCAGAGCGAGGACUGCCUUUAUUUGAACAUCUACGCUCCUGCCAUGGGGAUGGCGGAGGGCGGCAGGAAGCAUCCGGUGUUGCUGUACAUUCACGGCGAGAGCUACGACUGGGGCAGCGGAAACCCCUACGACGGUAGCGUCCUAGCCAGCUACACGGACCAAGUGAUCGUCACCAUGAACUACCGGCUGGGCGUGCUCGGCUUCCUGAACGCCAACGUGGCGCCGCAGACCAAGGCGAGGGUCGCGAAUUACGGCCUCAUGGAUCAAAUAGCCGCUCUUCACUGGGUCAAGGAGCACAUCGGCCUCUUCGGGGGCGACCCCGAGAACGUCACCCUUAUGGGCCAGGGCACCGGGGCCGCUUGCGUGCAUUUCCUCGCCAUCAGUCCCACCGUCGUUCGCGGAUUGUUCAAACGAGCCAUACUUCUAUCGGGUAGCGCCCUUUCAUCCUGGGCCGUGAUAGAAGAUCCUGUAUCCUACGCCCUGAAACUGGCCAAGGCUAUCAACUGCUCAAUUCCCGACGAUCUCCUCAAAGACAAUGAGCUUAUAGUCGAUUGUCUGAGGGAGAGUAGUCUCGAAGAGCUGAUGCAGGUCGACAUUCAACCUCCGACAUUUCUUAGCGCGUUUGGCCCAAGUGUCGAUGGUGUCGUCAUCAAGCCGGACUUUCAGAAGGAUCUCCUGUCUUAUCUAGGACCCGAGUUUCAAGGAUUCGGGCCUCUUCCAAAGAAGGCUGAACACGGUGCACCAAUCACGAGCAACAACAAAUACGAUCUGUUAUUUGGCGUGACAACGAGCGAGGCAUUGUGGAAGUUUGCGGAGAAGGACGUUCUGCAAGGAUUCGAAGGAGAGAGGAGGGACAGGAUUAUCCGCACGUACGUGAGGAAUGCCUACGUCUAUCAUCUCACUGAGAUAUUUUACACGGUGGUAAACGAGUACACCGACUGGGAACGAACGGUUCAGCAUCCCGUCAACACGAAGGAUGCAUGCGUGCAAGCUUUGAGUGACGCGCAGUUUGUGGCACCGCUCGUACAGACCGGAGAUCUCUUCACCCUGAGGCACACCAAGAAACCGAACAAUCCCCACAUAGCGCCGAUCCCCGACAGCGAGGAGGAACCGAUGCCCAAGACUUACUUUUACGUGUUCGACUAUCAGAUGAAGGACGGCGAUUAUCCUCAGGUAAGCGAAACAAAAAGAAUCGUAGGCCGCUAA